AUGGAGCGAUUUAGAGAAAGAGUUGUGGAGAGUUUGGGAGAGAUGAGAGAUGUAAUAAACGGCCAGUCUCGAACUCGUUGCCCUUCACUCUUGGCCAGUGCCGCACCCCCGCUGCUGGGAGGCGCCUGGUGGCAAGGACGGGGACUGUGGAAAGGGGCCCCCUGCAGCUCCAAACCAUCCUCCCCGGUAGAGAGAAGGUGCGAGAAGAAGGCUCAAGCGGAAUCAGGACUGGAGGGGCGCGGGGACGGGGCUGCUAGAGGGGCGGAGCCGAAGGCGCUUGAAGGGCAGAGGCGAAGGCCAAGUAUAAUAGUUCGCGAAGGCGGCGGCGCUGGGCACUGUCGCCCGGCCGGUGGCCGAUCUUCCCCUCAGGAAGCUGCCGUCCCGGCCCCUUUUUCCUCCCCCUCCUCUUUCUCCUCCCCCUCCUCUUCUUCCUACACCGCCUGCGCAGCGGCGGCGGCGGUGAUCGCGCCCGCCUCCCCCGCCACGUCCAUCCCUGCCUGCUCGCCCGCCCGUGACUGUGGCGUCGGCGGCGGCGGCGGUGGCGGCUCCACUAUGGCGGCGGCGGGGAGGGGGGAGAGUAGUUUUAAAGUAGACACCCGCCCUUGCCUCAGAGAAGAUAUUUCUUGGAAUGAACGAAAAAAUGCUGAACUUUUUACAAAUAGAUUUUGUAAUGUUUGUGGAGUAAGACUGCGGUUUGAAUCACAAAGGAUUUCACAUUAUGAGAGUAAAAUCCAUGCUCAGAACAUCAGGUUUUAUUUUCAAAAGUAUGGAGAACAAAAAGAACUGCCUGGUAAGAAAAUGAAGAAGUUCAUUUGGAAUUUUCAGGCACGUAGGAAUGAAGGCUUAGAGGGAAACAAAUUUUGUGAUCUCUGCAACAUGAGUUUUAGCUCCCCAGUUGUUGCUCAGUCUCAUUAUAUGGGAAAAUUCCAUGGUAAAAAUGUAAAGCAAUCAAUGCAACAGCAGCAUCAGGUAACUCCACAAUAUCAACAAUGCAAAGCAGGUAUACCUAUUACUACUUCUGCAGAGUCAAGUUUUCCGAAGUCCUCUGCUGUCAAGCCUCCUGAAACAUUUAUUAUGAGAAACUACGUUUGUCAGAUUUGUCGUAUUACCUUUACAUCUUUAGAAACGUUCCGAUACCAUAUGCAAGAAAUUGAACAUCACAUUAAAGAAUCUGUUUUUAUCAAUCUAGCUAAGAAUUCCAACAAGACAAAAAGCUAUUACCAGGAUAGGUUUUCAGAUUACAGAAAAAUGCAGAAAGCAAGAAGAUCAGAGCCCAGGAUUUCCAGAAUGAUGGAAGAGAAGUCUUUGGAAAGCCAUAGAUACAGAGAAGUGGUUGAUUCCAGAUCCAGAUAUAGAGUGUCUAGACCAAGAUUUCCAUGUCACACUUUUAAGGUAUGCCCAAGACCAUACAAUAUUUCACAAACAUCAGAAAACAAGCUGUCUCAUCGCAUACCAGAUACUUCAGAGAAGACAUCUGACUCUUUUCAAGAUGAACUUGAAGAUUACAUCAAACAGCAGAAAGCCAGAGGUCUAGAUCCAAACAUUCAUUUCAGAAAGGUAAAAGAAAUCUCUAAAGAAACACGAAGUUAUAGAGAAAUGGAUUCUGGAUACAGACAAAGAACAUUUGAUAAAAAUUCUUCAUUUGAUACUUUACAUACUUACCAACAACCAUAUAAUAGUUUUCCAGUGGAAAAGAAGUUACCUUACUGGCAACCAAGUCAUUCAAAGAGAUCAUCUGAUUCUUUCCAAGAUGAACUUGAAGAUUAUAUCGAAGUGCAGAGAGCCAGAGGACUAGAGCCAAAGACUUGUUUUAGAAGGAUAAGUGAAAGCCCAAUGACAGUCCGUAAUAACAGAGAAAAUGUUAGUUACAUAUUUAGAAAUACAAUGGUUGAACAAAAACUCCCUUUUGGGACUUUUCAGUCAUGUCCAAGAUCAUACAAUGUUUCACAAAUAGUGAAGAAACAGUUACCUCCUCAGUGCUUACCAGCUCAUGAUAGCAGACAAAGCCUAGACUCUUUGAAUUAUUAUCAAUCUACCAGAGACUAUUUCUCAGAAAAUGUGGCAUCUCUGAGCCUUAGUGAGCGAAAAACUAACUCUGGCUCCAAAAGUGUAGAAUAUGAAGUUGACAAACAUGUUUCCUCGGAAAUAAAUACUAGUGAACAUCAAGUAGGACAUAAAAGGAAACAUCAGAAGAGAAGUCACCAUGAAGAAUACAAAGAAAAGUCAGAGAAGGAACAAUCUAAGUAUAAAAGAAAAAAGGAUAAUGAGGAUAUGGAUCAACACAGGAUCAAGAGCAUACAACAAAGGGAAAAAGAGGGAGAUAAAAUUCCCUCAGGAAAAUCUAAGUAUCGAAAGAAGAAAAAGAAGCACCAUGUACACUCUGAGAAAGAAGAAUGCAAACACAGGAAAAAUAAAAAGAAAUCUGUUGAAGUAAAGUCAGAAGAGGAAAUGCUUUGGGAUGAGUCUAUUCUUGGAUUAACUUUAGGUUCAAAAGAUGAAGAAAUGAAAUAAGAAUAUGGCAUCAGGCUAAAACAGAAACAUCAGUGAAGAAAAGAAGAGGUAGGUAUUUAGUAAGAUAAGGUGAAGUUGGUGUAAAAAUUUAAAUUAAGUUGAAAGAAGAAACAAUCCUAAACUUACCCUCUAA